GAGCCCGGCUGGUGUCAGCCGGGGAGACUCCGAGAGGUUAGCGAUAGCGUGGGAGCAGUUAGGGGCGGGAGGCCGGCUUCGCCCCAGCCGGAUCCUCGGCGGAGGUUGGAGCCGACCGCCACGCUUAGGUCUCAAAAAACGAGCGCACCUGCAUCCACCUGCAGGGUCAGUGGCUGAAGAACAGGCUCCAAACAGAAGGACACUCGUGAGGUGGUAGCCAUAAAGUGUGUAGCCAAGAAAAGUCUGAACAAGGCAUCGGUGGAGAACCUCCUGACAGAGAUUGAGAUCCUCAAGGGCAUUCGGCACCCCCACAUUGUGCAGCUGAAAGACUUCCAGUGGGACAGUGACAAUAUCUACCUCAUCAUGGAGUUCUGCGCAGGGGGCGACCUGUCUCGCUUCAUCCAUAGCCGCAGGAUUCUGCCUGAGAAGGUGGUGCGUGUCUUCAUGCAGCAAUUAGCUAGCGCCCUGCAGUUCCUGCACGAACGGAAUAUCUCUCACCUGGAUCUGAAGCCACAGAACAUUCUGCUGAGCUCCUUGGAGAAGCCCCACUUAAAACUGGCAGACUUUGGCUUCGCACAGCACAUGUCCCCGUGGGAUGAGAAGCACGUGCUCCGUGGCUCCCCCCUCUACAUGGCCCCCGAGAUGGUGUGCCAGCGGCAGUACGAUGCCCGCGUGGACCUCUGGUCUGUGGGGGUCAUCCUUUAUGAAGCCCUCUUCGGGCAGCCCCCUUUUGCCUCCAGGUCAUUCUCGGAGCUGGAAGAGAAGAUCCGUAGCAACCGGGUCAUUGAGCUCCCCCUGCGGCCCCUGCUGUCCCAAGACUGCCGGGACCUACUGCAGCAGCUCCUGGAGCGGGACCCCAGCCGGCGCAUCUCCUUCCAGGACUUCUUUGCGCACUCCUGGGUGGACCUGGAGCACAUGCCCAGCAGGGAGAGUCUGGAGCGAGCAACUGCGCUGGUGGUGCAGGCUGUGAAGAAAGACCAGGAGGGGGACGCAGCAGCUGCCUUAUCGCUCUACUGCAAGGCUCUGGACUUCUUUGUACCUGCCCUGCACUAUGAAGUGGAUGCCCAGCGGAAGGAGGCAAUUAAGGCAAAGGUGGGGCAGUACGUGUCCCGGGCCGAGGAGCUCAAGGCCAUCGUCUCCUCCUCCAAUCAGGCCCUGCUGAGGCAGGGCACCUCUGCCCGAGACCUGCUCAGAGAGAUGGCCCGGGACAAGCCACGCCUCCUAGCAGCCCUGGAAGUGGCUUCGGCUGCCAUGGCCAAGGAGGAGGCCGCCGGCGGGGAGCAGGAUGCCCUAGACCUGUACCAGCACAGCCUGGGGGAGCUGCUGCUGCUGCUGGCAGCGGAGCCCCCAGGCCGGAGGCGGGAGCUGCUUCACACUGAGGUUCAGAACCUUAUGGCCCGAGCUGAAUACCUGAAGGAGCAGGUCAAGAUGAGGGAAUCUCGAUGGGAAGCUGAGACCAUGGACAAAGAGGGGCUGUCGGAGUCUGUUCGUAGCUCUUGUUCCCUGCAGUGACUCCAGAAGAAUGACUGGGCAGAUGUGAACCAUCUGGGGCAGAGUCUGACCCAGGCUGGCGCCCAGGAUGAAGCGGCCCACGGCAGCCUUGGCAAGCAGGCUUCUUGGAUGCACAGUGCUGAGACCCCCUCAUCCCAGAGUCCCCAGCCUCCCUCAAGUUACUCUGCACCCCGCAGAGGGUUUGAUGGCCAUCCUGUAUGCAGGAGGCGAGGGCAGGACUCUGGGAGAACAGCAUUUCUUUCACAAGACCUUUGUUAUUCUCUGGUUACUGGGUCCUGUGUCUGUCCGUUUUGGGGCAUGCAGCAGUCUAUGGUUUUUUGCUCUGAGUAGAGGGCAGGGGGCCCCUGCAGGGCACUUCUGUGCUUGCCCUCGCCCUGUCAGCAGGCAGCGGUGCCCCUGGCCUGCCCUUCCUGGGACCUCUUAUUCCACCUCAGCUCCUCCUUGCACUGGAAUGGGGCACUCCAGCACCCCUCAGGGACCAUCCACCCCCCAGAACCCACCAGUCUUCCUGGGAAUGCACACCUGCCCGCCAUUUUGGUACUUUAAGUUAAUCCUCCAAGCAUGAAAGUUGUAAGCGUGGGGCAAAUUUAAGAAGCCCAUGCCUGGUUCCUGCCCUGGCCUAGGGCGCACCAAGGAGGGGUCCUUGGUCCUCAUCCCUCCCAGCUCCGUUCCUCUUUGGGACCACACUAGCCACAGUGCAGGCCUUGUGCUGGAGUUUGAGCCUGGGGACGGAGACCUGGGGACAGUCUGACCCAGCGCACUCCAGGGUACCCACUUCUAGGCCUGCUUUGCCACUACCCCAGUGUGAAGGCCUGGGCAAGCCCCUUUCUGGGUCUGGGUCUCCACAUCUGUUCAAUGGGGCUGAUACCUCCACAGCCCACAACAUAGGCACUUAUGAGGACAAAGUGAAUUUAACCUGGAAAAGAAAGACAGAUUCUUUUAAAUAAUCAGCAGGUGUUGGUGAUUGCUAGUCCUUCUGCCCUUAAAUGCCUUCUUGGGCAAGAGUUGUCUGUCCUCCCUGCAGGACGCUGAGUGUCGAGUGUAAUUCAUUGUUUCUCUAUUAAAUUAUUUUUUCUA